UAAUACUGUUGCUUUUCCUCGUCGCCGUUUUCGUUCGUGCUUCGCGUAAAGGUUGUAGGCUUCGAGUGAAGUAGUGUGUUCGACGACGUUGGAUCGGAAGUCACGACGGGAGCUCGCUCGCUGCGAAGGCUUCUACGAGGAUGUUAUCUGCUGGAAUUGUUUCUUUCUACCAUCCAGGUUCUCUCUUGCUCUGCAGACAUGAACCGCCUGUCUCCACUUGGCCAUCUACCAAGAUCCAUCAUCAAAUAAGUUUGAGAAUGCAUUCUUGCUUUUUCCCUUCACAGGUUUUUGAGGGAUCAUUUCAGCCUUCCUUUCAUUAUUAUAGGCACAUAAAGUGUGAAACAGCAAGACGAAAUGGCUAUCAUGGUUUUUCAUCUGAUGAUGGGUUUGACCAAAAACCAUUUUGGUUGACAAUGGUUCAUGAUAUUGCACAGAGUUUAAGAUCUCUAGCUCUUUUUUUGCUCGAGCAGCCUAGUCAAUUGAAGUACAUUGAGUGGCCUCCUCUUGAAAGCACGGCGAAGACGGCUACCCUCACCCUUAUUCUUGUAGCUCUGCUCAUUGUUUCAUUGGCUUCUGUUGACUCAUUUCUCUGUUACAUAUUGGCCCUCCUCGUCAGAAAAACUGCAUGACGACAGGUAUUCUACGUUACAAUCAACAAAUCAGUCUCUGUGUGCGUAGAAGUUUAUCUUAGAAAACUAAAGCCCCGUCUCCUUUGAUCUGGAAUUUUUUAUAUUAAUCUUCUUACUUUCUGGUUUGGUUUGGGAUAGCUCUGUUACUAUGAUUUUAAAACCGUAUCUAUAAUUUAUAUUUGGCCA